CCCAGACGCUCCCCAAAGUCACCCAGUUUUAAUUUCCUUUGCAAGAAUUCACCACCCUAAAUCCACGACAAUGAGGGUCCUCAUUCUUAACGCGGAAGAUCAAAACAGUGAACUUGCAGGACAUUCCUCAGCCCAACCCAGCGCCUAAUGAGAUCUUGGUUCAGGUCUAUUAGAUUUCACUCAACCCCAUCGACCCGCUCUGUGUGAGCCAUUCUCUCGCUAGCUCUGGACGCACUAUUGGAAGCAAUUUUGCGGGAGCUGUAGUCAAAUUCGGUUGCUCGGCCCCGUCCUCAAGCACAAUAAAGAUCGGAGAUCGAGUGGCUGGAUUUUUGCAAGGUGCUUGCAGCGUCAAUGAGCGGCCGGGUGCCUUUGCUGAGUUUCUAGUCAUUGAUUGGGAUUUGGUGUGGAAAUUAUCGGCCGACGUUGAAUAUGAGGAAGCUGCCGGAGUAAGUUUGGUGGCAUUGACUGCCACACAGGGAAUGUGGUUCCGCCUGGGUUUGGACGCCCCGUUCGCGUACAACAUAGAAAAGGCACUAGAGGAGCAUCCUGGAUGGGUUCGGAACCAGUUGCAAAGAAAAGAUGAGCCCGAGGUACUGAACUUCUUCAUUUACGGUGCCUCUACUUUCGUUGGGCUUUAUGCCGCUCAGAUGGUCCGGACUAGCGCAGAGAUGAGCGGGAAGGAGGUCAGGCUUUUUGGCGCAGCGAGUAAGGCAAGAUGGGAAAUGCUUAGGUCUGCUCCAUAUAGAUACAUCUACCUUGUCGACUAUCGUGAGAAAGACUGGCCUAAGCAGAUUCAAGAACUUUCUGGAGGCGGUAUGCAUUUCGCAUACGAUCGCAUAUCAGAAGGCAGCUCGGCGGAAUGUGUCUCAUCGACAUUGGCAACGAACGGGAAGGUAGUCAUAGUGAGAUGGCGUGCGGGCGGGGCAUGGGAAGCCGGGAGUCUUCCUGUCGAACUGAUCUAUGGCGCCGUUUGGGAAGAUCUUGGUGAAGAGGUGCAGUACCAAGGGCUCACGGUGAAAAAGUCACCCGCCGCCAGAGACUUCGCAGUUCAAUUUUACAAGUGGCUAAGUGAGCGAGUUAGAACAGCACUCAAGCCUAAUCCGGUCAGGUUGAUGCCCGGAGGGCUCGGGAGGGUGGUAGCAGACGGAUUCAGGCUGCUAGGGCCUGAGAAGAUGGAGGAACGGAAAAUCAAAAGAAUGGAGGAAUAGAUGAGGCCGGUUAGUGCGGAGACAUUGGUUUACAAGGUCCAAGAAGAAUAAAAGCAAUGAGAAACGGAGAAUGAAGAUGCAUACAACUGGUUAGGGUUGUACCACAUCUUG